AUGGCAACAUCUAUGCUCUGGCGAUCGACUUUCGUCCGUGCUGUCCCAUGGAGGGCAUGCACUCGCAUCACUACCACCCGCGUCACUGUCGCAGCGCCUCUCAGAAUGGCCAGGUUUUAUUCUCAGGACCCUUCUUCGGGGAUUCACAAACCACCAGGCCAGACUCUGGCACAACAGGGCCAGGAGCGGACAGCAGCAGCAGCAGCUACUACAGCGGCAGGAAGUGAGCCAUUGGUUACCUCCGAGUCAACAGGAGCUCCCGAUGAAGCAGCUGCCGCACCGGAGGUCAACUACCCACCCAAGGAGGAACUCACGCCUCUGGCUAAGCACAUUAGGGAUUCUAUCAAGAUCCAAGGUCCCAUGUCCGUUGCGCACUUUAUGCGCCAGGUCCUCGUCAACCCACUCAGCGGAUACUACAUGAAGGGAGAUGUCUUUGGAACCCAAGGAGAUUUCAUCACGUCCCCCGAGAUCAGUCAAAUGUUUGGCGAGCUUUUGGGAAUUUGGUUCCUUGUUCAGUGGCAAAACAUCGGCAAGCCCUCGCGGGUACAGAUCGUCGAACUGGGUCCAGGUCGAGGAACCCUGAUGUUGGAUAUGUUGCGGGCAGCAUCCAGGUUCAAGGAGUUCAGGAAGGCGAUCUCAGGAGUCCACCUUGUUGAGGCCAGUCCAGGGUUGAGAAAGAUGCAAAGACAGACUCUUUGCGGAAUCCCACUCUCGGAGGAACAGGUCGGAGGAGGGAGCAGAGAGGGUAUCACGGCUGCCAUGCGUCCAGAUGGCCUUCAGAUCUCCUGGCAUGAUGUGUUUGACGAUCUCCCUGAUGAAUGCUCGUUGAUUGUCGCACACGAAUUCUUUGACGCCCUGCCCAUCUACAAAUUCGAAAAGACGGACGAAGGCUGGCGCGAGUUGGUCGUCGAUCUCGAAGAAGACCCCGCAAGCACCUACCACUUCCGCUUCGUCCUUGCCCCAGGUCCCACACAGGCUUCCAGAGCCUUUGCAGAACACGCAGCCUAUGAGCACUUCAAGACUGGAGACAGGAUCGAGAUCUCGCCGGACUCGUUCAGGGUUUCCCAUGAUAUGGCUAAACAUAUGAGCAAGAAUGGCGGAUCGGCGUUGAUUGUUGAUUAUGGAAAGGAUUAUAUCCAAGGCGACACCUUGCGCGGUAUUCACAAGCACAAGUUCACACACGUGUUGACAGAACCCGGAAAGGUCGAUCUUAGUGCCGACGUCGACUUCAAUUAUCUCAAGCAAGCGACUGAGGAACUAGUCAACUGCCACGGUUCUAUCACACAAGCGCACUUGUUGCACUCUCUCGGAAUUGGUGCGCGUCUGGACAUGCUGCUCGCAAAGGCAUCCGCCCACCGUCGCGAGGGUCUGAUCAGCUCGUACCACAGACUGGUCGACCCCAAGGAGAUGGGUAACGUCUACAGAGUCAUGGCGAUGACCCCUCUUGGGUCUCCUACCCCUAUCGCUUUUGAGCCCCAGGCACCUCCACCUCAAUCCCCUCCCCCUACUUCAUCCAAGCUGUAA